ACGUUUGCAAUGUGACUAUAACAAAAACAACAUAACCUACAAUAUAACAACAUAAUAAUAAAAAAAAAUUUCCACACUUUCUUUAUAUCAACUCAUGUCAUACUGAAUGUAAUUUGUAUAUCAAUUUACACUUUGAUAUUUUUCAUGCGAUUAGCAUUUUUAAUCACACAAAAUUUUAUAACAGAAAUAGUUAAAUAAAAUUACUUUGUGCUAUCAGUUACAAUCAUGUGCUGGAAUAGAAGACUGGAAAUUUAAUGUCGAAUAAAAAUACGAGAAUAAAUUGCAAAAAGUGGAAAGAAUGCCGAGUUGUGGCAGCCUGUUCAGGAUCAUUAGACGGCGCCUCGUACUUGGGCUCAUCUUUGCUUUGUCUCUUACCUACUGCGCCUUUUCACUUUUUCGUAACGAGUUUAGAACAGAAUAUUAUCUGAUCUCUAGAAAAAGACAUUUACUUUGGAUAAUGAUCUUGAUGACAUGGACCCUAUGCUAAUUAAUGACAAUAACGAUGACUUAAUUUCUGAUGAUGAUGCAUUAUCGGAGCAAUUGAGAGCAUCUGGUAAACCACCACUGUGGCAGAUGGCAAUCGUUGAUCAAGGGGCAAACGAGAAUCCAUUAAAUGUAGAAUCAGUGUCAAAUUUAAAUGACACCGAUACUAUGGUUCAUCCUUGUCGUAAUUCCAUACAGGGUAAAGUUCUAAUAGUAGAUGAGCGUGGCAUUGUAUGCUCUAGACAAGAAAUUUUGCCUAAUGGUUGUUGUAAUGUGGAACAAAAAGAUUCUAAUAAAAAUGAGGAUACAUCAACUAUAGCCAAGAAAGAGAGGUAUAGCUGUAAAACAUGUAAUGCUCAAGGGUGCUGUGCUAUCUAUGAAUAUUGUGUUUCCUGCUGCCUACAUCCUGGCAAGCAAAUAAAGGGGAGGAAGGAUGUGCUAUUAGGUUUACUUAGAGACAAUCAUAAAGCACACAGGGACCAAGAUGUAGUGAAGAAACGGCUUCGCAAUCUAGACCGUUUCCAAGUUUGUUUGGCUGCGUGUCGUACUUCCAGCGCAAGCGUCCGGCACGAAAAUACCUAUAAAGAUCCACAUUCGAAGCAUUGUUACACUCUUCAACCACCAUAUUCACAUCAAAGACAUCGUCGUGAUGUUGAUUCAUACAAUAAUAAUGACGACAACUCUGUUGUCGUUGCAUCUUUUUCUGUUAUGCCAUUACUUACCCUCUUCUCUCCUUUCUGCCUACUUAUACAUGCAAACAACAAUUCGCUUUUACUAUCGUGUAACUACCGUUUACCGAUGUUUGAUUAUUACUUUCACCUACAACCACCUUGAAAUAUAAGCUAAAUUUAUCGUAUAAUGUUUUUGAUAAAAAUGAUUGAGAUCAGCGUACGGGGUUGGAUUUGUAAGGUUAUAGAUUCUGGUAGCUAAUGCUUCAACGAGGAGGAAGUUUUUCAUUCGAUUCCAUUCGAUUUUACUCACCUAAUUUUUAUUGAUAAUAAUUUUAAAAACUAAAAGCAACGACUUGACUUUUAUUCUUUGGUUUAUGACAUAUGUCUGAAUAUAAACAUUUUAUUACUGAGUGAUAGCAAGAAAUGGAUUGCUUCCAUCUUUGUAAUCUAUUCAUGCUUGAUUCACGAAUUAUAAUAGAAAGAAAUGAAAAAAAGCCAUGUCGUCUGGUUCUAUUUUGAGGUAUGUCCGGCACGUGGUCAUAAGUAAAUUUUUUGAAAAGAACUAUAUGUAUUUCGUGAUUUGAGGUGACAGAUUAUAUUCAAGUUUGUAUAAAAA